UGAACUGACAACAAUCUAACCUGAAAAAUAAAAAUGUCAAAGUAGGAAAAACAUCUUUGAAUAUGGGAAAUGAUCAGUCUCACUUAGCAGGAAUUGAUAUUGAGGAUAAAGCUGUAGAAGUUGCCGAUUUUUGGAGCCAGCACUCUGCCAGUGUUCCUAAUUCAGAACAACUUUCUAAUUUGACCAUAUUCAUCGGAGAAUUAUUUGUUAGUGGUCCCUUAUGGACAAUACACACACCACUUGAGAAAUGUAGCAAGAAUUUAAUGAUAUACAGGCACCCAUGCAUCAUCAAAUAUAUUUCAUCAUGGUCUAAAAGUUCAAAAUUUUAUUUAGCUGUAGAACAUGUCAGACCUUUGUCACAUGUAUUUUCAACCCUCAGUACGCUACAAUUAUGUAUAGGAUUAUACUCUGUAUUGAAGGCCCUCUGUUUUCUACAUGAGAAAGCCAAAGCUUCACACAACAAUGUAUGUUUAGCGUCUGUUUAUAUAACAGAUGAUGGAAAUUGGAAAUUAGGAGGGAUGGAAUUUUCCUGUAAAUAUCAUGAAUUAUCGAAAGAACACUUGAGUAAAUCAAAAGCCAACAGGUAUGCAGCUGCUGUUGAUGUAAAUGAAGAAGAAAAUAUACAAAAACCUGGUGUUCUGAAAGAAUUUGUUGAUGCUUAUGCUUUCUUCGUUUUGGUUGGAGAAUUGUUAAAAUCUGAUAGUACAGAGGAUAUUCCAGCACUGGAAGAUUUCAAAACUCUAUGUAAGAACGGACUAAAAAAUAUAAAUAUAGAUGAUAGACCAACCUUAUCUCACCUAUUAAAACAUCCCUUUUUCAAUCAUGACUUCAUUACAAUACAUUCAUUUUUAAUUGAGUUACCACUGAAAUCAGACGAAGAAAAAGUAGUAUUUUUUUCAAGCUUAACUUCCAGUCUGAGAAAAUUUGACGAGAAUUUGAUUGCAAAUCAAUUAAGUGGACUUCUCUUAUCUCGUAUGGUUUUAUUAAACCCUGUAGCACAAGCUGAGGUACUACCAAAGAUACUCUCUUUCAAACAAGAUGGUGAACAUGGAGAAGUAGAUAGUGCUCUAUUUAGUGAAAAAACAUUCAAGGAACAUGUUAUACCAAGGAUACUUGACAUUUUUUGUGUGAGAGACACUGAAAUUAGACUACUGUUACUCAAGCAUUUUGAACACUACAUUCAUGGAUUUAGUGAAGAAGAAUUACAGUCUUAUAUUUUACCAGAGCUUCUUGUUGGAAUCAAAGAUACAAAUGAUACUAUAGUAUCAUGUACAUUACAAGCUUUAUCUGUUCUUGUCUUGAUAUUAGGGGCAAAUACUGUUAUAGGAGGUAAAAGAGCCAGAUUUUUCACAGAUGGAAGGCCAACAUCUCAAGCAGCUAGAAAAUCAAGACAACAUAGUAAACGCUAUAGUAAGGUAAUGGAGGUAGAAAAUCCAAUUAUGGAACCUGAUAUAACUCCAUCAACUCCAAUAAAUCAAGUUCUCAUCUCAAAUUUGCCUGAACGUCAAAGACCAGAUGGUCAAGAAGUAACAUUAACAGAUGAUGUAGUUCAAACAAAUGAGGAUGAAGUAGAAUGGGAGGAUUGGGAAGAAAAUAAUGAUCACCAACAUGGUGAAAACAAUGUAUCAUCAAAAACUGUUGAAACAGAACAUUUUGAUGAUGCAUUGGCUAUAAGUCUAGAUAACCUACAAAUCAGUUCUUCAAUAUCAAUAUAUAGCAGAGUAGAAUUGAAUAAGAAAAAAGAUAUUCAAGAUAUCAGUGAACUAGAUAUUAAAACCCAAAAAAGUAAGGAACCAAAUGAUGAUAUCGAUUUCUUUGAAGAUAUGGAACCAGAAAUUAAAAGUUCUACCAAAUUCUUGGUUGAUCCUGGAAGGACAGAGGAACAAACAAAUGAUAAUACAAACAAAUUAAACUUGGUUGUUACAGAAUUUGAAGAGGAUGGAUGGGGUGAAGAAGAUUGGGAGUAAUCAUUGAAAUUUGAUAUGUUUUAUAUUAUAUAUUAUGAGAACCAAUACGAGUUAUGCAAUUAUAUUUAUAUAACCUAA